GCAAAGCUCUAAAGGGCAACUUUUUUUUUCUGUAAAAUCCCAGAACUGGAAAUAGAUAUAAACAGCAUUCUCUGUCACUCUUUCUCUCUUUUCUUUCAUUUCUUUCUUUCUCUUCCCCUUUCCUCUUCUUUAUUAUAUUACAUGCAAAAUGUCACAGCCGCUACAAAACACGCUUUCUUUUCUAAAGACCGGAAAUAACUCCAAUAUCUCUCUGGAAACACCUCGUUCACGAUCAGGAAGCAUUCUUCGUGCUAUUUCUCUUCACAGUAACUCAUCUCGCUAUGAAGAUGAAGAAAGUACAUCUUGCAAUCCUGAAGACUUUGUAAUAAAAAACCCAAUAGGCUAUGGCUCAUCCGCAGUAGUCUAUAAUGCGAUUUAUAAACCUAAAAAUAUGAGAGUUGCUAUUAAAAUGAUUGAUCUUGACUUAUUUGAACGUAAUCAGAUUGAAGAGCUUCGACGCGAAACGGCACUGAUGGCCUUAUGCAAACACCCUAACCUAUUAAAGGUCUAUGGGUCCUUUGUGAAUGGUUCUAAACUUUAUAUUGCCACACCGUAUCUAUCUGGAGGGUCAUGCUUGGAUAUCAUGAAGAGUGGAUUCAGAGAUGGAUUUGAGGAAAUAACGAUUGCGACUAUACUCAAGCAGGCAUUGGAGGGGCUUAUCUAUUUACACAAAAAUGGACAUAUCCAUCGUGAUGUGAAAGCAGGUAACCUUUUAAUGGACGAUCAAGGGACUGUUCUCUUGGCUGAUUUUGGUGUAUCAAGUUCCCUGACUGAAAAUAGUGAAAUCAGGAAAACGUUUGUUGGCACACCUUGUUGGAUGGCUCCGGAAGUCAUGGAACAAUCAGGUUACAAUUUUAAAGCAGAUAUUUGGAGUUUUGGUAUUACAGCCAUCGAACUGGCUACAGGUCAUGCUCCCUUUGCUAAAUUCCCUCCAAUGAAGGUCUUGAUGAUGACAUUAAACCAAUCUCCACCUACGUUAAACAGAGAUCAAACUAAAUACAAAUACUCACGCACGUUUAAGGAAAUGAUUGACUGCUGCUUACAAAAGGAUCCUAAUAAAAGACCCACAGCAGAGAAACUCAUACAACAUUCUUUCUUUAAACAAGCCAAAAAGAAGGAUUACCUCGUCAAAUCUGUCUUGGCAUGCGUGCCUCCAUUAGAUGAAAGACCACACAAGAGGAUAGCUUUUAAACAGACUACAAUUGAAAACAGUGAUCAAUGGGACUUUGACGAUACUUCACCUCAUGAAAAGUCUAGACAUAUCACCUUUGGGAAUGUUAUCAAAAACACAGACAAAGCCAUCGGUCUACCUUCACCCGCACCCUCAGAGCCCGAGAUAGGCUCACCCUCGUUCCAUCGUCGAUCUCGAUUUGUGAUUGACGAUUACACUCAUCCGUCAGAUACUACAACAACAACUACAGCUACUACUACUACCAGUACUAGCGCUGGGCCCCAUCGCUCAAUUUCACCUAACCAAUAUACCCCUCAGCCUGGCAAUAGCUCUCCCAUGUCUUCGAGCCCACCUCAGACAUGUGACAGUAACAGUUGGCAAAGUUCUGUUGGUUUAGGCUUAGGUAUCUCACAUCAACAGGAAAAUAGCGAAAUCAAAAAGGGCAGGUUUAGUGUGAAUCAGGCAUCAGUCCCAAAACCAGAGAAUUUGCCUUUCCUGGCCACUGACCCUUCUCAAGAUAUUCGUCCUAUACCCAUGUCUCGUGCUCUUAGCAAUGAAAGUACAAGAGAUGGGCGCAAAUCCAGGUUUGAAAUUCAACACUUGUCCCCUCAGAGCAGUGGUACGACAACACUUGGAACCACACCUCCAUACACUCAAGACAUUCGUACUGAACCUCUGACAAGAGAAAGUUCGAGCUAUCAUCAACGAUCGUCAUCAAGCAGCUCUAGCAAGAUUGGUCGAUUUUCGAUCGAGAAAGAACAUACUGCUGAUAUGGUGCAUCCGCAUGAAACUAGUGUACAAGAAUGUCGUAAGAAGGGAAGAUUCGAAUUAACAGGCGCACCAUUGCCAUCAGAAAGAUUCGAGUCCUUUGCUCCCACACAACAACCAGGAAUGCAACAUCAUGUGGAGACACUCUUGAAACAAUUAGAAAUUCAAAAAACAAUACUGUUUGACAUACUGCACACUAUACCAAAUAGAAGUAGAUCACCGUCUAUUGAUAUCCGCAAGUUAUCAAAUUCUUCUCUUGAUAACAACGCUGAAAGUUAUUUUCAACAUAAACCUAUUGCUGCAAGGUAACAAAUGACAGCUAUUAUGUUAUUGUUAUUUAUAUACAUGUAAAUAUAAUAGGCCACCUGUACAAAGUUAUAUACAUACAACUAUAGAUCAUUUACAACAAGUACUCACCAACGCUCAUCAAGAAAAAGAAAGGCUGCUAAAAGAGAAUGAAGCAUUAAAGAUGGAAAUAGAAAGGAUGAAAAGGCAGCCAACAAGUAUAUUAAAAACCUCAAAUACAACUUCUUCAAGCAGGGCACCCUCUGUGUCGUUUGUAGUGCUAAAAGAUACUCAAACUUAACCUUUGUAAAUGAUGUAUUUUUAACAAACAAAAAUUGAUACCAUCAGUUUUUUUUUUUUUGCUUAUUGUUUUUAAUCGCCGCAGUGUGCCGUCAUAUAAGAGUGACUUCAACUUCAAAGAGACAGACAAAGAGAAAGAGAGGGACGAGAGAGGGGACACAC